AUGACGUGGGGAUUUCGCUAUAUAUCCUGCGACUGAACGCUACAGCAGCGUUGAGUUGUUCGUUGUGAGACCGUGUGUGAAGUGUUGUGGUGAUUCUUUACCGGUGCGCAUUAGCGAAAAGCUUCUGAGUGUGACAAGCGAUUAAUUGUUAUUGCGUGUGGUCUAAACCCACGAUGAGGGUAGUUCAGCUCCUGUGUUUUGCAUUCUUAGUGAAUGCAUGUUUCUGUUCUAAAGAAGAAAAAAAUGUAGGCACAGUCAUUGGUAUAGAUUUGGGUACAACCUAUUCUUGUGUUGGAGUUUAUAAAAAUGGAAGAGUUGAAAUUAUUGCGAAUGACCAAGGGAACAGAAUAACACCAUCGUAUGUUGCUUUUACACCGGACGGAGAGAGGUUAAUAGGGGAUGCUGCCAAGAAUCAGCUGACAACAAAUCCAGAAAAUACGGUGUUCGAUGCGAAGAGAUUAAUCGGCCGAGAUUGGUCAGAUCCGGCUGUGCAGCAUGAUAUAAAGUUUUUCCCGUUUCGCGUGAAGGAAAAGAACAGUAAGCCUUAUAUUCAGGUUGCUACAUCGCAGGGCGAAAAAGAAUUCGCCCCAGAAGAAAUUUCGGCAAUGGUUCUAGGAAAAAUGAAAGAAACUGCUGAAGCAUAUUUAGGUAAAAAAGUGACGCAUGCUGUAGUCACUGUGCCUGCCUAUUUCAAUGAUGCACAGAGGCAAGCAACAAAGGAUGCUGGUACAAUAGCAGGUCUUGUUGUAAUGAGGAUAAUAAAUGAACCAACUGCAGCUGCUAUUGCCUAUGGGUUGGACAAGAAAGAAGGAGAGAAAAAUGUGUUGGUGUUCGAUCUUGGUGGUGGAACCUUUGAUGUAUCACUCCUCACAAUAGACAAUGGUGUUUUUGAGGUUGUUGCAACUAAUGGUGAUACUCAUUUGGGUGGUGAAGACUUUGAUCAGCGGGUUAUGGAUCACUUCAUCAAAUUGUACAAGAAGAAGAAAGGCAAAGACAUUCGUAAGGAUAAUAGAGCUGUUCAAAAGCUACGUCGUGAAGUAGAGAAAGCAAAGAGAGCACUUUCAUCCAGUCACCAAGUUAGAAUUGAAAUAGAAAGCUUCUUUGAGGGUGAAGAUUUCUCUGAGACUUUGACAAGGGCAAAAUUUGAGGAACUGAACAUGGAUUUAUUCCGGUCAACCAUGAAGCCUGUGCAGAAGGUGCUAGAGGAUGCUGGUAUGACAAAGAAAGAAGUUCAUGAAAUAGUGCUUGUUGGAGGUAGCACAAGAAUACCAAAGGUGCAGCAGCUUGUAAAAGAAUUCUUUUCUGGCAAAGAACCAUCUCGUGGCAUAAACCCUGAUGAAGCUGUUGCAUAUGGUGCUGCUGUACAAGCAGGUGUGCUAUCAGGAGAACAGGAUACAGAUGCAAUUGUUCUCCUGGAUGUAAAUCCCCUUACAUUGGGAAUUGAAACUGUUGGUGGAGUAAUGACAAAAUUGAUUCCAAGGAACACUGUUAUCCCCACAAAGAAAUCUCAGAUAUUUUCUACAGCUGCUGACAACCAGCAUACUGUGACUAUACAAGUGUAUGAAGGGGAAAGGCCCAUGACUAAAGAUAAUCACUUGCUUGGAAGAUUUGAUUUAACAGGUAUCCCAUCUGCUCCAAGGGGUGUUCCUCAAAUAGAAGUUACUUUUGAGAUUGAUGCAAAUGGUAUUCUGCAGGUUUCAGCUGAAGACAAAGGAACAGGCAACAGGGAAAAGAUCGUCAUAACAAAUGACCAAAGUAGGUUGAGCCCAGAAGACAUUGAGCGUAUGAUUAAAGAUGCAGAAAUUUUUGCAGAUGAGGACAAAAAGCUUAAAGAACAUGUUGAAGCUAGAAAUGAACUGGAGUCAUAUGCAUAUUCUCUGAAAAAUCAGAUUAAUGACAAGGAGAAACUGGGAGCAAAGCUAAGUGACAGUGACAAGACAACAAUAGAAGAAGCAGUUGAUGAAGCAGUGAAAUGGUUGGAAGAUAAUCAAGAUGCUGAAACAGAAGAAUUCAAGCAGCAAAAGAAGAAGCUCGAAGAUGUUGUUCAACCAAUAAUCUCAAAGCUGUACCAAGGAGCAGGGGCACCACCACCUGAUGCAGAGACAGAAAAGGAUGAACUGUAAAGUCACUUCAAUAUCUGCCCACAUAGUGGGCAAGGAAGCAGACUGCCAUUUACAGUUUCAGCAGUUCCACAAAACCUGCUACCAAAGAAGUUAUUCAAUGGACAGUUUAGUAGAGAAUUUCCAUUUUGAAGACUGAAGUGUGAAUGAGUUGCAGUGUAUAUAAUUAUUUAUAAAUUGUUUGUUUUUGUUAUGUGACAUGAUUGUGUGAAAGUGUUUUCUUAUUUGUUAAAUAAAAUUUUGUAAUUUAUUUUUCA